ACAGGUUUGUCGCUGCAUCUCGGCCGCAAAAACAUCUUUGCACGACGGACGAACGAUGGGAGUCAUCGAUGUGCAUGGCCAGAGCGAUUUUAAUGCCAAGUUGCGCGGCGCCGGUGGAAAGCUCGUGGUGGUGGACUUCACGGCCACUUGGUGCGGGCCAUGCCAAUACAUCAAACCGACGUUCCAUCAAUGGGCGAACGAGUACGACGACGUCGUAUUCCUCGAAGUGAAUGAAGCCCACAACGAGGACGUGAUCCACUCAGUUGGGAUCCGUGGAUUUCCCACGUUUCACUUGUAUAUCAACUCGCAAAAGGUGGACGAACUAGUCGGGGCUGAUGUGAACUCCCUCAAACGCAAAAUCGACACGUGGCGGGCAUCUGCGGGAUACAACCCGUUUGCGUCAGAAGGAGUUGCGCUAGGCAAUGGCGGGGCCACAUGGGAAGAUCCCCGCGAAGCCCGGUUGCGCAAGUUCAACCAGGAUGCGUCCGCGGCCCUUCGAACACUCUCUCCACCUGCACCAGUCGCUGCACCUUCCUUGACCGAAGAAGAGGAACAGAAGGAAGACGAAGAACUCGCCAAGGCACUUUUGCUCUCCCAGCAGGAAUUACAACACGCCCAAGCAGAUCAAGCGGCUCAUGUGUCUGGCGAGCCCAACCUUGAAAUUCCACCGGUCAAUGAGGAGUUCCUGGGCCAGCUGACGGAGAUGGGGUUCCCAGAAGUGCGCGCACGCAAAUCUCUCUUGGCCACGAACGAUCAGAAUUCGUUGGAGGCUGCGAUAUCGUGGAUCGAAGAGCACGAAGGAGACGCCGACAUUGAUGCCCCCAUUCAGUUCAUCGACCUAGCUAAGCAACGGAAGGUGCUCACGACGGAGGAGAAGGAAGCCAAAGUCGCCGAACUGAAGCGCCGCAUCGAGGAAAAGAAGGUCAUGCGCGCCGCUCAAUCCAAGAAGGACGAAAUCGCCCGCGAAAUUGCACGACGGAACAUGGGCAAGGAGAUGGCGUCGGCCAAGGAAGAGUACGAUGCGAUCCAGACGCGACUGAUGCGUGAGAAGCAAGCUCGUGAGAAACUCGAAGCAAAAAGGGAGCGAGAACGCUUACUCAAGCAGAUCGAACUCGACAAGGCCGAGCGACGAGCGCACAACGGCAAGUUGACAGCGGCGACUUCGCUGGACGCCCCCGAGCCCGUCACUGCAGCUGCUGCUGCCCCCGCGCACUCGCCUGCGAAGCCAGUAGCGGCCCCAGAAGUCGACUUGGAAACGAAUGUCAACCGUUUGUCGCAAUACCGCGUCGGCAACGACGGGCUCACGGCCCUCAAGACUCUCCUCGUGUACGUGACCAAGCUGCUCGAGAACCCCACGGAACUGGACAAGUACGGACGAAUCAAUUCAACCAACGCGGCGUUUAAGAAGCGCGUGGGGUCGCUGAUCGGCGGCACCAUGUUCCUCCGAGGCAUCGGGUUUGAAAAAGAAGUGGACGGAGAUUACCUUGUGCUGCGAGAGUUCAACGGGACCCGUCUGCGCGACGCCCAGCGCCUCCUUGAGCGCGCCAUUGAUGCGUAUCACCAAAACGUGUGACCGAGUAUAUUUCUGUGUACGACUGAAGGAUAAGAAAUUUUGUGUCGCUCUCGA